GCAGCUGUAGCUGUUGAAUUCCUCGCACAAGCAAGAGCAGAGGGCGGUGAGAAACAUAGUCCCGAGUGUGUUGGCUACAAUCCUGGCCCACAAAGCCCACCAGGCGGGUCAGGCAAGAGCAGCUGUAGCUGUAGCUGUGCAUAGCCGGUGAAAGCCCUGGCAGGGGCCAGUUGCCCAGCCUCCCCAGCAUCAAUCAAGACAGCAGCCAUGGUGGCACUGCCGCAGCAGCUGCGGCGGGCGGCAUGCGCCCUUCACAUGUACUUUCUCCUCAGUCGUGCCUGCUGCUUGGCAGUGGGCGGCAGUUUGACGGAGCGGGCGCACACUGACAGCCCUGCUAACAGCAGCCGCGACUCCGCACACCGUGACCUGAACGGCCAAGGGCCGCAGGUUGUCGUGUUCGGUGACUCCCUGUCAGACGUAGGCAACGUGUACAACUUCACGGAUGGUUUCAUGCCCAGCCGCGGCCGCUACUGGGCCGGCCGCUACGCAGAUGGGCCCGGCUGGCUAGACCAGCUAGCGACAACCGCAGCCGCAGCCGGAAGCACAGCCACAGCCACGGACCAGCGACAGCAACAGAAGGAGGGGCCGGGGGGAGCCGCGGAGCCGCAGGGGCCGCGGCAGGGGAGGCGGCAGUCGGUGGAGUCGGCUGUGUUGGAUUUCGCGUUCGGCGGCUCGACGGCAUGUCCCAGCCAGGCACGUGUGUCUGCAAUGGUGCCCAGCCUGGCGGCGCAGGUGGAUUCAUACCUUGCAGGCAAGCGCCCCGCCGCAACUGUCGUGACCAGCCGCCCGCGCAACACAACCACCACCAGCUUCCGCAGCACCACCGACGCCGGCGGCGGCGGCACAGCACCUUGGCUGCAGGCGCCGGCAGGCACGCGCUGCACCCAGGGACUCCUGCGGCCCCAACCCAGAUUGCUGGCACCCACUCCAAACACCACCAGCCGCGGAGCGGGCUCUCCUCCUCCACAGCUGGCCCAGCGUCGCAUCCGCCGUGUUAUCCACGUGUGGACCGGCCACAACGACUUCCUUGGUGGGGCUGCGGACUGGUCAGACCCGCUGGUGGGGCCGGCGCUUGCAGCCAACGUCAGCGCGUGCGUCGGCGCAGCGCUGGACCGCAUAGUGGCCGCCGCCGAACAGGAGGCGGCAGCCGCACCACAUGCCGCCGUCAACGCGGUGAACACUAGCGCUUCUGCCAGCGACGCAGCCGGCUCUGGUGGGGGUGGGGGCGGUGGGGGUGGGGGUGUGACGUAUCUGGUGGUGUGGACUCUGGCGCCUGUGGACCUGGCCCCCGCGCUGCCUGACGCCUUCAGGCCGCAGGCGAAGGCGGCGGUGGCGGCGCUGAACGCAAACCUGGAAGCACACGUGCGGCGGCUGCGGCGGCAGCAGCAGGAGCGCAGGCAGAGGGCACGGCAGCAGCAGGAGCAGAAGCAGAGCGGGGCGGUGAGGGACCCGAGCCAGGCAUCGCAGCCGCAGCACCUGCCGCAGAAGCGCAAGCUGAGGCGCAUUAACCUGAGGCGCCUCCGGUCUCAGCAGCCGGAGCCCAAGCCUCUACCGGGGAAUGAUGUAGCAGCCGUGUCAGCUGCGUCCGGCAGGCCGGCGCCUGCGCCCCCUCCGCCUGCCGGUGUGCUUGUUGUGCCGCUGCUGUUUGACGCCAACGCCGCCAUCAGCUGUGCCGCGCUGCAGCCCGAGGCGGUGGGCCUCAGCAACGGCAACACCUCUUGUCUGCAGUUCCCGCCGCUGCCGCACACGCAGCAGGGCUUGUCGGCGCACACUGGCAACAGCAGCAGCAAGGGCGGCGGCGGCAUGCCGCUCGCCACAGGCGCCUUCCUGCAGGUGGCGGCGGCGGACGCGGCCACGCCCUGCCCCGACCCCUCCGCCUACCUGUGGUACGACGGCAUGCACCUCACCGCCGCCGCCGAUGCACGCCUCAUCGUGGAGCCGCUGCAGCGCGCGGGGCUGGGGCUGGGGCUGCUUCUGCUGCCGGCCGUGUAGUGUUUUGCAGUUGGGCACGUUGGUUGGUUGGUUGGUUGGUUGGUUGGCGGAAGUGUUCGUUGGUGUAGUGAUGUUUCAUGUUUGGUGUACAGUAGCGUGUGGGUGAAUGCAGGUGUGUGCAGCGUUUUUAGAUAGGGACGAU